AUCUUUCUCUUUUGCAUUUUUGACCUCUUGACCUUUCUUUCUUUACCAUCAUCAUGUUGAAUGAUAUCUAGAGCAAGUAAGCCUCAAGGAUAUAUCUACCUAGCACCGAUAUCUCAUAGUAUUGUAGCCAUCGACGACGGGUCGACCAGCUUGAAAAUGGCCUGAUACUGUCACGAACAUAUCAACCAACAACAACAGCAAACAGCCAGGCAUGCAUGCAUGUCAUGUCACUCGGAUACUUUUCAUUAUCAACGCCUGUAUGAGAAUGCCGCGUGAUCUAGUCGUAAAGCUUCUAAAUGCUAUGCCUCCUCCUCUAUGCAUACAACUCAUUUCAUUCGAUCCACCAACCUUGGCAAACAACUCAGUGUAUCCAGUUCGCCUGUUGCAAUCGUCCUCUGAAAGCAACAAAAUCAAGACUCAACACAUUUUUUCAAGAGUCAUCACGCAAGAGUGGCAUAUCGGUCCUUAUGUGACAACAGAGCUUCCUUCACCCCUUCAAUACAAACCGGGCCGGUUCACAAACUCGCAUGAGCCCAAUCAAAUGGCGGGUUUCCUUAAUGAUAAGUACAUCCCUGUCUCACUGAUAUCAUCAGGGGGAUCUUUUACCACGGACGAAGGUCGGGUUAUAACCAGUCUUGGCUACAUCAACCGCAUAUUAGCCAAGGUUGUUACACUCAAGAAGAUAAAAUGUUGGGCAAAAGCAAACAACGAACAUAUCGUAUCACAAUCGGCUAUUCGGAUCAAUCAGCAACCACACUGA